CAGUCUGCCGUCGAGUGCGCUCCGUGUGUGCAGCCGCCGCGGCCGGGUCGGGGGCCAUGGAGAACGGAACCGUGUACAGCCCCACCACGGAGGAGAACCCGAGCCCAGGCAGGGCCCCCCGGAGAGGCCUGAGCUCCUGCUGCUCCCUGCACCGGCUCUCGCGGCUCCAGCGCGCCUUCAAAUUCACCGAGCUGCUGCUGUCUCUGCUGGCCUUUAUCUCUGAAGAAGUGGUGUCCCAGUGUACUAUGUGUGGAGGACUUUACUUUUUCGAAUUUGUAAGCUGCAGUGCCUUUCUGCUGAGUCUCCUUAUCCUGGUUGUGUACUGCACUUCCGUGUAUGAUAAAGUUGAGUCUCCCAAAGUCAAGUUAUCGGAUUUUUAUAUCACGGCGUCAACGGGAGCUGUAUUUCUGUUGGCAUCCAUCAUUUUUGCUAUCACACAGGACAAGACCCCAGCUGAGUGUGCUGCAGUUGUGUUUGGGUUCCUGGGAAGUUUUGCGUUCAUAGCUGACGCCGUCAACAUGCACUUGGCGAAACGACGGGAUUCCGACAUGAACAAGCCAGAGGCAGCUCCCAAGACGGCCCUCACGGAGCCGCUCAAUUGCUGAGAACUCUCCGGGGGCACGUGUCACCCAUGGGUGGCCGUGUGGCGCAGGUGGCCUGGAGGGAUUUUAUUCCUGUAAAACCACUUUAUAGGGGAGCGCAGGGGGAAGGGCCCGGGGGCAGUUUUGUCAAUAUUGGACUUUGUAUCCGUCACCACAGAUUAAGCCAGAGAGGGGGUUUUUGGGGGGUUUGUUUUGUUUUGUUUCCCUUAAAACACAUUUUUAGGUUUUUGUUCUUGUUUUUUUAUAACGGUUGAAUACGUCAAAUGGAGUGUGUGGAGGUUUUGUUUUUGGAGUGGGGCAAUUGUUUCUUUAGGUGACAUGAACUCAGCUGCCAAUAAAUUACUCUUAUCAUUGUUAAUAGACUUAGCUUUCAAAUUAUGCUUUAGAAUUCUAUAAACAGCUUGAUUAAGUUCAUCCAUUUAGAAUUUAAAAAAAAAUGUUUAGUUAUGACUUUGUUUUGAUGAUUAGGUUUGUAAUGUACAGUUUAAAAGAUCACUAAAAUGUUUUCUAGGUUUUUUUUUCCCCUUUAAAGGUAAUAACCAGGUUUUACUAUAUUUCACUCAGCCUUAAAGUUAUAGGGUAAUUUUAGGAUAAUUAUUACCUCUUUCUGAGACUUUCUAGUAGAAAAAUAUGUGGGAGGUGUUGGUAUUUUUUAUGUAUAAAAGCAAUAACCCCCAGCACCCCGUGUUUAUAUGCACUUUUACUGUUGUUGAUAUCAAGAAAAAAAAACAACACUUAAGAUUUUUAUAUGACACAGAGAAAAGUGGAUAAAAAGCUACUAUACCUAUGGACCAAAGAUAAGAAAGGCUACCUUUCAUGUUACAGAGGUUUCAACCCCCAGUAUCUCUAGAGGUCAGUUCAUGCUAUGAAUUAGAAAACAAAGCCUUGGAGGCUGGAAAGAUAGUACAGCAUUUAGGGCGGUUCCUUGCAUUGGGCACCCCAUCCAGGUUCGAUCCCUAGCACCCCAUAUGCUCCCCUGAGCCUGUCAGGCGUGAUUCCUGAGCAUAGCCAGGUGUAGCCCCAACCACCCCCCCCUCAAAAAAGAAAAAAAAGAAAGAAAAGAAAAGAAGGGUUCGUAAUUCUUUUUAAAAAGAGUUAUUCGAUCAUUUUUCCUGAAGUUAGCCCAGGCCUGGAAGAUCCUGUCAGCGGUUCCUUUGAAACAGUGAUUCCUGUUUGGGGUUGGGGCGUUGCAAAUAAUCAGCCCGGGGUCUCACUCCCCCAGACAUAGGUCCUGUGGCCGAAGCACACUCCUGGCCCCCCUUCAUUUUUCAGGAAGCGUCUCCAGCCUUCGGGUCUCUCGCUUCCUUGAAACGGUGCUUCCUUUUGAGACCCCAGAGGGGCCCUGACUCUGCCUCCCGCCCAGUCAGAGGUGGCGCCUUCUCGCUCCCUCUGGCGUUGCUCCUUCCUCCCUCUGGAGGAGACACUCCUGAAGUGCACUCAGAGAAUCCUGCCUGGGUCCGCCCUGUCAGCAGUGUCGGGCCGGUCGGACCAUUCCCAGCAGGCCCUUCUCAGUCGGUUUUAUCUCUGUUGCCGCCAGUCUGCCUCGGAGCCGGCAGGCCUUUCUGAGCAGGCGCUUCACAGAGCAGGUGCCUUCCGCCCGGACUUUGGACCCAGGGCUCGUGCUGUGGCGACAGCCUGUGAGUCACAUCCGGCUCGGGUCCAGGUCUGGGCCUUCUGUCUGUUUCUGGGAACCCUGUCCCGGCGGGAGAGCCACGAGUGACCCUAUGCUUAAUCCCGCCCACCUGCCCGUUGUGUGGCUAAUGUGGCCUUAGAUGAAUCUCAGAAAUUGGCCUUGAUGACCAGACACAUGCCUUCUGCCCGGUCUUCCUGGCCCAGGAUCCAUUUGUGUCCCCGUGUGGACUCUAGAGGUGCUGUCACUACCACCCCGUGUCAGGGAGGAUGAAGCCAGCCGGAGGCUGUAUUCUCGGGUUCUCCCACCUCAGAGCAGGGACAGCUGUGUCUGGGGUGGCUUCAGAUACCCGUGCCCAAGAAACGGUGCCAGUGGCGUUUUCAGUGUCCUCACCAGACCACACGUGCUCCACAGGGUCUGCACCCCUGCAUUGGCAGGGCUGCCUGGGACCAGCGUCCUUGGCUGACUGCAGCCCUACAGCCUGUUGGCACUGAGCGGAAACUCUUUGUUCGGAGGUUUUGCUUCUCUGUUUCAUGGGGGCAAACGUGGUCCUGGGAGCUGGCCCCUUCGUCCUUUCAUCCCCAGAAAGUGAGUGUGUUCUCGGGUCCUUCCUGUCGCUUCACAUUGCCCGUCACUAAUGAGUCUCCUGUGCUCGCCACUGUGGAAAUAGGUAGCUCAGGAGAAGCAGGGACCGGAACCAGUGCUCCAAAGAGCCAAGAGCACACGCAAGACACGCAGAUUGCAAAUGGUUCUUUAGCGCCGCAGGUUAGUGUUCCCAGUUAUGUUCUCCACAAACCGUGAGGAGCAGUCCCGGAAAUUAUGAGGGAAAUUUCUCUAGGGUAGAGACAUUCUGUAAUUGCUACACCUCAGUUGCUUUCGGCUUGAAGACCUGGGAUGUGUCAUUUCACAUUGUUCAUCUCCAAUCUCUUUUGUAUUUAUCAGUGUAAUUCCUGUGGGUCUUUUUUAUCUUGUCAAAUUUUGUAGUCUUUUUAAAUAAAUCCGUUUUA